AUGAAUAACUGGCAAUUAUCCUAUCAGUCUCCAGUUGAUUUGACAGACCAUCUACGGAAACCCUAUUGGGCGUAUGAUAAUAAGGAGAAGAAUGUAACCAAGAUACUGCUUGAUCAGGAAGUGAAUUUACUUUGGGCAGGAGAUACUUAUGGCAGAGUGUCAUCUUAUGAUCAAUCGUAUUCAUUGUAUACAAGACAUACAGCGCAUAUUGGAGCAAUACCAGUGGUUGAUAUGUUAAGUCACAAACAGGGUAUAAUAUCUUUGAGUUCUGAUUCUCUGAACUUUGCCAAUAGAAGAAGUGUGACUAAAUUGAAUCUUACAUCAGCAGAUAUAGCACAGUUGUGUGAUAUGAAGGCAAUGUGUUUUGGUAACAGUAGCCAAAAUCAUGUAUAUUGUGGUGGGGCAAAUCUAGCUAGUGGGAUAGUAGACAUAGAUUUAAUGAAAGGCCGUCUCAGCAACACAGUACAAUAUCCUUCGAAGAUUAAGUUUAUGCAUUCAAGUAAUAGAACAAUUGCAAUUGGGAAGCAACACGGUGGUAUUGACAUACUUGAUCCUAAUAGUAAUACUCUAAUUAAGAGUUUUUCAGGGCAUUCGUCAAUGAUCACUUCUAUGGAUUUUAAAGAUUACACUUUGGUGACAUCUGGGAAGUCUAAGAGGUUUAAUGUACUUUAUCCAGAUCAAUUUGUAAACGUGUAUGAUUUGCGAAUUAUGAAGCAGUUACCACCAAUAUCUUUUUCAAAAAGUCCCGAAUAUCUGGGAAAUGGAUCUUGCUAUAUUAUAGGAGCUGAUUUUGUUCAAUUACAUCCAAUUCUUCCAACAGUUAUUGUAAUUGCCUCCGUAACGGGUGCUUUUGAUUUCGUUGAUUUAUCCAAUCCAACAAUGAGGACUCCAUAUUGUCAUCCAUGUCAAUCAGUAAAACAGUUCCAAUUAUCACCUAGCGGCGACUACAUAGCAUUUAUUGAACAAGAUAACAAUGUAAACAUGUGGACAAGGUCCAAUGGUAUGACAGGGUUUACUAGUACGCCAACGACAAUACUUGAAUAUCCAGAUUUCCCCAAUGACGGUAUUAUGCCUGAAAGAGUAUCUGUUGAUGAUUAUGAAUACCCAUUGAGUAGCGUUGGUUUGCCCUAUUUCAGUGAAAAGUUACUUUCUGCAUGGCAUCAAACCGUUUUCCGGAGUGAUGGUACUAUUUCGAUGAAAAUUCCAAACACUAUCCUCAGCGGUGCUAGUGUAAACAAUCAACACGUUUCAACUUCUGCAAACUCCAGUUCAAGGCCAAACACAUCGAGAUCACCAAGUGCAUAUCUAUCCUCAUCAAAAUACUUACUUCAGCCAUAUAAUAGAUUCAAGUAUGGACAUAGGAACGUCGCGGCACCUUAUAGAUCAUUAAGAGAGAGAAAGAAGAAACUAUUAAUUACUGACGAAGAUGGAAAGGAUAAGCAGGAGCUGAUGCAUUAUAAACCUUCUAAUCCUAGUGAAAUUCCACCAGCAUUUACAAAAUUACAGAUGGUUUAUGGAAGGUUUGGAGUACAAGAUUUUGACUUCAAAGCGUUUAAUAAAACGAAGUACUCUGGCCUGGAAACUGAUAUUGACAAUUUGUAUACUAAUGCAAUACUACAAAUGUACCGCUUUGUUCCAGAAGUUUACAAUUUCCUUGUAAGUUGCCUAAAACAGGAAAAUUUUAGCGAUAACUCUUUGCUUACAGAGUUAGCUGCUCUAUAUGAUAUGAUGGUCAGGGCAGGAGGAGAGAUUUGUCGCUCCAGCAACUUCCAAGAAGCAUUAGCAUCCAUUCCAAAGAGUCAUCAGUUAGGAUUAAUUACUGAUACUUUAAAUGAUGUUUGUGGUCUGAAUGCUAUCGGUCCACAGGCCACUACUCCUUCAGCAACAACUAUUUCAGGUCCUUCUUUAUGUGGUAAUUUCGAAAAUUUGGUUCUUGGAGACGAAAACAAUCAGAAUAUGCUACAAAAUGGUACUGAAACCCCUUUAAGCAUUCCUCAAAGGUUCAACAGUUUUUUGUUAAACAGGCUAUUGUUUGAGGAGGUACAAAUGAAAAUCAAUACCACCCAGAGCAUUGUGUUGGAAGAACUAUUUGGUAUUGACCUUCAGGUCACUUCUAGAUCUCUCUCAACCUGCGGCAGUUUUGUGCGCGAAUCUGAUAUUGUUCCUACCUUGAUAGUUACUAGUCCAAUGAGUAACAACAUCAAGUAUAUUAACAAAAAAUUGAACAACCAAACAAUUUUGCCGUACAUUGAAUCUUCAAUGAGCAGGUUGAAGCAUCUUAAGGCUAUGUGUGAGAAAUGUUUUAAAAAUGAAACCGUUGAAUGUGAAAAAACAGCCCGUAAUCUCCCACCGUUGCUCUCUUUGAAUAUUAGCUUGACAUCUGAAGAAUGGGCAACAGCUAAAACUGUGAGAGGUUGGUUAGCUAAAGAGUUUUAUGCUACAAUUUCUAAGGACAGACCAAUAUUGAAGCUGCAACCCACUGAUUUAAAAACUACAAAUGCUAUUUUUAAAUAUGAGUUAAACGGUUAUGUUGCCCGUAUCUCAGACUAUAUUUCUGAGUCGCAUUUGGUUACCUAUUGUAAAGUUUUUGAACCAAAUAUUAAAACUUAUAAGUGGUAUAUGUUUAAUGAUUUUCUAGUCCAGGAGGUAGAUGAAGAGGAAGCACUAAACAUCUCCUAUUGGUGGAAGACUCCAGAAAUUGCUCUUUACUCUGAUUCAGAAGAAUUGAUGAAACCAUUUGUUCCUGCCAGUUUUUACACUAUUAACUAUAGUAUUUUAUACAGGGACUAUUUUGCAAAUAAAACUAGGGAAAAUAUUAGGAAAGAAUAUGAGCUUUUGACUGUCAGUGAAGCGCCUAAACCGGGGUCACUGGUUGCAUUGGAUGCCGAAUUUGUUGUAUUAAGCGAAGACCAGGUUGAAAUUUCAUGCAAAGGUAUCAAGACAUUGAUAAAGCCUGCUAAAACAGCUCUGGCACGGGUAUCUGUCUUGAGAGGUGAAGGUGAAAAGGCAGGAAUUCCAUUCAUUGAUGACUAUAUUGUCAAUACAAAACAUAUUGAAGAUUAUUUAACGAAAUAUAGCGGUAUUGAACCCGGUGAUUUGGAUCCAAAUACUAGUAAUAAGCCGUUAGUUACUAGAAGAGUUGUUCUAAGAAAAAUAUGGUUAUUAUUACAAUUAGGUUGCGUUUUUGUUGGACAUGGUUUAUAUAAUGAUUUCAGGAACAUCAAUAUUCACGUUCCUAAGGAACAAACUCGCGAUACAGCUUUGUAUUUCUUACAAGGCAGGCGGUAUCUAUCAUUGCGGUAUCUAGCUUAUGCAUUAUUAGAUCAAGAUAUCCAAACUGGCAACCAUGAUUCUAUCGAAGACGCUCAUACUGCAUUGAUAUUGUAUAGAAAGUAUUUGGUUUUGAAAGAAAAGGGCAUUUUUGAAGCAGUAUUGAAUAGGAUCUAUGAGGAAGGUCGUGCGUCAAAUUAUAGAGUUCCGGGUGAUUGCCAAUAA